CUUACAGUAUUAUGGAUCAAGAAUCAAAGAAGAAAUUGCUUGAAGAGGGUGGCAGUCAUUAUCUAGAAAACUACACUCCGAUUCUCUUGGUUGAAGAGGGUGACAACAACGAGCUCAGAGGCACUGUUUUUGAUGAUCAAGCCGUGAAGGAAAAUAAUGGAUAUGAGCGAGAAAUUGAGGAAGCGAAGGGUGUGAAAUUUGAGGAUGCAGGGGCUUUGAGGAAUUGA